GUUUAAGUUUCCAUCAGAAAGCUUGGUAGGAGUAGGGUAUAUAAGCUCCAAUAGUAGCAGCAGCAGCAGAAGAAACAAACGGUUUCAGACCCAGGGAACACUGCAGCCUGACCAGAAGCAAGAUGUACCCUCAGCAGUUGGUUGUCUCCUGGUUUUCCCUGGUUUUGCUGGCAUCUCCCAUCAUGGCUAUAUGGGAACUGGAGAAAAAUGUUUAUGUUGUAGAAUUGGAUUGGUAUCCUGACGCCCCUGGAGAAAUGGUGGUUCUCACCUGCGAUACCCCUGAAGAAGAUGGCAUCACCUGGACCUCAGACCAGAGUGAUGAGGUCUUGGGUUCUGGCAAAACCUUGACCAUCCAAAUCAAAGAGUUUGGAGAUGCUGGGCAGUACACCUGUCACAAAGGAGGCGAGGUUCUGAGCCAUUCGCUCCUGCUGCUUCACAAAAAGGAAGAUGGAAUCUGGUCCACUGAUAUCUUAAAGGACCAGAAAGAGCCCAAAAAUAAGAGCUUUAUAAAAUGUGAGGCAAAGAAUUAUUCCGGACAUUUCACCUGCUGGUGGCUGACAGCAAUCAGUACUGAUUUGAAAUUCAGUGUCCAAAGCAGCACAGGCUCCUCUGACCCCCGAGGGGUGACGUGUGGAGCAGCGACGCUCUCAGCAGAGAGGGUCAGAGUGGACCACAGGGAGUAUAAGAAGUACACAGUGGGGUGUCAGGAGGGCAGCGCCUGCCCAGCAGCCGAGGAGAGCCUGCCCAUUGAGGUCGUGGUGGAAGCUGUUCAUAAGCUCAAGUAUGAAAACUACACCAGCAGCUUCUUCAUCAGGGACAUCAUCAAACCAGACCCACCCAAGAACCUGCAGCUGAAGCCAUUAAAGAAUUCCCAGCAUGUGGAGGUCAGCUGGGAGUACCCUGACACCUGGAGCACCCCACAUUCCUACUUCUCCCUGACAUUUUGUGUUCAGGUCCAGGGCAAGAACAAGAGAGAAAGGAAAGAUAAACUCUUCACGGACAAAACCUCAGCCAAGGUCACGUGCCACAAAAAUGCCAACAUCCGCGUGCAAGCCCGGGACCGCUACUACAGCUCAUACUGGAGCGAAUGGGCAUCUGUAUCCUGCAGUUAGGUUUUAACCUCAGGAUGAAACUUUGGAAGAAAAGUGGAAGACAUUAUGCUAAAUUUUUAAAAGGUGCAAUGGAACAGGACCUCCCCCUAAAGAUAUUUUCUACCAAUUUGCUUUUUUUUUUUUUUUACGAUUAUAAAGAUAUCUUUGCUGUAUUUUUAUAUUUAAAUGCUAAAUGCCCACCGAAACAAUCAGCUAAUUUAUUUAUACAGUUUACAGCUAGCAGGUCACAGCUGACUUUUAUGUUAUUUACCUAUUUAAGUAAUUUAUGUAUUUAUUAAUUUUUACUGUUAUUUAACAUUUGUGUGCCAAGAUAUAUGUUUCAUAUACUCAUGACCUGAUUUAUAAGGAAUGGGCCCUAUUAUGCAAAAUGUGAAUUUAUGUGUUAUUUAUACUGACAACUUUUCAAUCGAGGCUGCAAGUGCAUCAGUUUUAUGGCAACCAGUAAGAACACAGUGUUCUGAUGCCAGCGCCAUAAUAUAUUUGUAAUGGAUUAGAACACAAGAGAUAGUUAAAUAGACAUAGAGAUACAAACUCUUUGAGGAGGU